GUUUAUUGCAGCAACACUGUAGUUUUAGUUUUGUGUGUUUUGCUGUUCUCGCCUCCUGAUGCACUAAUUCUGCACGUUUUCCAGCAGAUCAUUCAGAGGUCACAGGUCCAGAGGAUGACCGCUCAAGUGUACUGCUUGCUGACUGCUGUUUUGUUGUGUCUAUCUGGAUACUUGAGCGCAACAUAUGUUACUCCAAGUCAAACAGAUAAGUUCUGUCAAGAGUGUUCUUCUGAUGGAGACUGCCCUGGAGGGGACAAAUGCUGUCCGUUUGACUUUGAGCCUGUGUGCAUACUGCCUGAUUCCACAAAGCCGGGAGUGUGUCCACCUAAAACACUUUUAGGAGGAUCAUGUGCCAGGUCCUGCGCCUGUCUGAACAGGAAGUGCUGCCGCAAUAGAUGUGGACAUUGCUGUAUAGCUCCAUAUACAGUGGAGCCAGGUCAGUAUCCCAAACCAAUCAAGAUUCCAGCGUGCUAAAAGAUGUUCCUAUGAUGGCCAGUGUCCUGCCGCACAGAAGUGUUGCCCAACACUUCACAGUGGCUGUACAUGCAGUGAUCCAGUGUGGGGGAAGGGCCACAGAACAACUGAUCUUGUGUAACAAACGGGCCUACUGGAUUUAUUUUCAAUUUGUUGCUUUAUUCAAACAAAACUGUGGUGACAAAAUAAAUGGCUUGGUAGAACUUUGGUUUUGUGCACUGUUAAAAAAAAAAAAAAAAAAAGUUGAGCCAGCUUAAAAUUAAGUCAAACUUCAGCAGAUUUGAGUUUUCUCAACUUGUUUUAAGUUUAUACAACAAAAAAUUGAGACACUCCCACAAAAACAAGUUGAGCAAACUCAAAUCUGCUGAAGCUGGUAAAACAUGUUUGUUUGGGGGGGUGUUUUUUUUUUUUUUUUUUUAAGCAAAAUGUUGAGUUUGCACAUCAAAAGUUAACUGAAUGUUUACUGUUUCGCUCAAUGACCAUAAAGUUGAGUAAACUCAAUAUUUUGACUUCAUUUGAGCGGUUAACUUCACAUCACUGCGCAUGAGCAAAGCGCCAUCUCUGGGUUAUACACUCACUGCUGAAAAUACUAACACCGGUUGUAGAAUUAGUAGUUAUACAGAAUUGUAUUUAUUUGUUAUGUUUUAAUCAUUUAA